AUGCAAGCAUCGGAACACUCGUCCUCGAACAGCAAACAUACUUUGCCAGAGCAGCUAGCGAUGCGCCAGAAGGACUUCCCGAACGUACCGCAGCGCAGGAUCGACCCUCCAUCCAGGCAAACCGGAUACUGGCAACAAGCCAAGCAGGAAGAUAUGAACUAUGGCCUUUCCUUUUCGUCCUUCGCUGGCGAUCCUGAUUCGCCCGGUGUGACCAACUCGCAGCCGCGUUUUCGAGCAUCAGACGCAUUCAUGACCAUGAGCGGUUAUCAUCCGAAUCACAUCAAUGUCCGACCGUCAAGCCAGAAUGCAUCCGACUCUUCGACCUCGCAGACCUCAGUGGAAUGGAGCCCGUUGGAGGUCUUUCCCGACGUGUCUUUUCCUCCGCCUCUUGCACCAGUCCCUUGUAAUACGGAGUCUGGUCAUACGGAGUCUGGUCGAAUCUUGCAGCCACAGCAUGUGCCUCCCGCUUCUGCCCGAUCGAGCUGUAUCAGAUCAUCGUUUUCUAGCAAAAUUGCUGAAUUCGGCGAAUCAUUCACACCAAGGGCGGGCACCCCAGGAGGCAGCAUCGGAGAUCGAGAUGGCGAAUCGAGCAGACUGAAGGACAUUCAAGAGAGCAUCCACUGUUUUUGGCUGGUUUCAGAGAACAGAAUGACUCAAAUCCAGGACGAUCUGACCAAAAUGUCGACUCUUCUCAAAGGUGCACUUGAAGAACAGGACAAGUUGAACUCGCAGAUGCGGCAGGUGCUUCCGUUGCAAGUAGAGAUCACUCAGAAAGUGGUACGCGCCGCCGAGGACAGAAAGGUCAUCUUUGGUCGCCUUAAAUCUAUGCAGGAAACAUCGACAGCAUGGCAAGCGGAGCUGAAGCACAUGCUCGAGACGAUGCAGACUGAAGUUCGAGCUGGCAUGGAGACAAUGCAAGCGUCGAUUGCUAAGUCACGGAAAGCGCCACAACCGAGGGCAAGAAGCGGAACGACAGGAACAGCAGCAUCGGUAUCUGUCUCAUCGACGACGUCGUCAAACAAAAGUGGCAAAAGAGCAAGCCCACCUCGGAAGAAGACCAGCCCACAAGGUGACAAAAAGAUCAGACUGGUCUCUGCAGAUGACGAAGACCGGACGGCACCUACACCACCUCGUUCGGUCGGCGUAAACGCCUCGCCCAGCCAGGAGAGGCAUCAGCAACAGCAGUCCACUUACGACCACCAACACCAUCAGCUGCAACAGCAACAGCAACAGCAACAGCAACAGCAACAGCAACAGCAACAGCAACAGCAACAGCAACAGCAACAGCAACAGCAACAGCAACAGCAACAGCAUCUUCAACGUCGUCCUCAUACCGCUGAAACUUGGCAACCUGACUUUCAGUUUCGGUCGCACUCUCUGUCGGUCCCGCAUGAACAGCGUUCAUCAGUAUCGUUGGAUCAUGUCCAGCUACAAGCUCGACCAUACACCGCCGAACCUUGCGUGCAAAAUGCUCAGCAUGGGAUGGGCUCUUUUGAGAUGACUAUGCAAUCACUAAGCUGA